GCCCAAACCAGUGGCUACCCAGCUCUUAUUUAUGAUCUCGGCGUGUGUUCUUCCGAUUUCUCUAGCGCUCGCCGCCUCCUGAACUCCUCUGUCCUCUCCCUCCUCCGUGGACUCACCCCAACCGACCGGCGAGCCGUGGUGCCCGCCCUCGUCGCAGGAACCGCCCCACCCGAGAAAGUUACGCUCUGUGACACUCGCCGGAGCACCACCGACCCGGCAGCGAUGGCCGAGGAGGUGAAGCACCUGGAGACGCGCGCGGCCGAGCGCCCCGUGUGGCUCAUGAAAUGCCCCACCGUCGUCUCCCGCGCCUGGCAGGAGGCCGCCGCCGCCGCCGCCACCACCUCCAACCCAGAGGCCGGAGGCCCUAACCCUAACCCGGUGGUCGCCAAGGUCGUCCUCUCCCUCGACCCCCUCCGCGACGAGCAGCCUACCAAGUUCAAGAUGGAGAUGGCUCAAACAAACAAUGGCAAUACACCAAAGAGUUACUCUCUGAAUAUGUACAAUGACUUUGUGCCAAUGUGCAUCUUUUCUGAGUCUAACCAAGGGAAAUAUGCAUGUGAAGGGAAAGUUGAGAACAAGUUUGACAUGAAACUACACAGUGAAAAUCUUGCGGAUUAUGGAAAGUUAUGCCGUGAGAGAACUACCAAGUGUAUGGCUAAACCAAGAAAGAGUGGAGUUGCGGAUGACCAUGGAAGUCGCAUGAGACCCAUGCCUGGCAUGGUUGGCCUGAUGCCUACUUCUGCUACAAAUGCAAAGGAGAAGAAGAAGCCAGUACCACCACGAUCUUUUGAAACAAAAAGAACACGAAGGGGUCGUACAGAAAUGGAGAAUAUCCUAUUCAAGCUUUUCGAGAGGCAGCCAAAUUGGUCGCUAAAGCAGCUUAUGCAAGAGACAGACCAACCUGAGCAAUUCCUGAAGGACAUACUGAACGACCUCUGUGUCUACAAUAAAAGAGGACCGAAUCAAGGGACGCACGAGCUCAAGCCUGAAUACAAGAAGUCGACAGAGGACAACAAUGCUACUUGAAGAAGUUCUUCCUCUGAUUCGCCAAACACGAGCUCCCCAGUCCCGACCGAUGGGAACUCCAGUUGCUACUCAUAUGCAGGGUUAACCUUACCGGUAAGUGAAAAAACCAAGGUAGUUGAUAAACGUGUUUAUCGGAUUUCUCGGAGAUUUAUCAGUUUAUCCUUUUCUUUCCGAUUAAAUUGUGAAAAAAAUCCCUCAAACUAUACAUAAAUAAUCUAGAUUAUCUCCAAACAAUCUAACAUGAAAAACUAAGACAUCAUAAUACGUAGGAAUAAGAAGACAUAUGGGCUAGGAGGAAGGGGUUUGCCGAGCUAGUAUUCUUUGGGCAUGAAUUCAAAAUGGCCGAAAUUUUGGAUGUGUGUAAGUCAUAAUCAUAUGUAUAGUAGAAGGUCACUCCUAUUUUGAAAUUUAUAUUUGUGUAUCUAAGAAGUCAUGUGCAAGAGAGCACUUAAUUGAUGAUUGAAAUAGUCUUGCAAUGUAUUGUUUUAUUUUUUUAUUGAUAAGUAUUUGUGUUGGAAA